AUGACUGCCGCAGCCGACGACAGCGAUGACGGGAGCGUCAUGGAGUUCGACGACGACCAUCGGCGCCCGGUCGCUGAGCGUCGGAAGCGGCAGUUAGCCUCGUCCGAUUCCGAGGCUACGCAGCCUGCUGAACGCGGGCUAACGAAGAAGAAGAAGGCUGUUACUGACGCGGAGGGGUUCCAGGUGCCGCGCAAAGCGGCACCCCGCCUGAAAGUGAAUGAUAUGCUGAAUUCUUUCGCUUUUUAUUCAGGAAAAAUUCAUAGCUCUGAUUAUGAGAAAAUAAAGGCAGAACAUGGCCUGCUGAUCGACUUUGAAGAUUUCAUUGGUUACUUGAUUACUCUUUUGAAAAAGUGCAACAAAAAUAGCGAGGAUGAAGAAAUGGCAUAUACUCUGCAGUUGGACUACAACGCUAGUGGCGAAACUACGGAGUACUCCCUACAAGUGGUGGAGACAAAUCAUCUAAGAAAGUUUUGUCAUUUGUCAAUUUCACUAGCCGCUUGUGGCGAUAAAGAAAUCAAAGAAACCCUCUGCAAAAGUUUCAAGCAGUUACAAGGAGUGAACGAUAGUUUAGGCGAAGAAGUACGAAAAAAGACAGACGAAUUACAAACGCUGAAGAGGGAACUUCAGGAAAAGAUUGUUACUUUGGAAACAGUCAAUAAAGCACUCGAGGAAGACGUUAAAAAAAUGAAAUUAGAGUAUGAUGAUGCCAUUUCUAGAGAGAAAGCAAGGAUGGAUAAAAUUUUUAGUGAGUGUAACGAGAAACAUAAAGCUGAAAUAGUGCAUAUGGAGGGACAACAUACUCGAGUGAAGCAAGAUCUGGAAUAUCGUUUGAAAGCAGCUGAAACGAGGCUGUGUGAAAGUAACGAGAAAUGUAGGGUACUGAAACUCGAUAAUGAGGAACUCAGUGGGGUCGUUGAGAAAUUGCAGGAGAUCGAAAGAAGUACAGGAAGAGAAAUAACAAAGCUGCAAUCGCAGCUCGAAGCGAAAGAUUCACUGAUGAGGGAGAGGCAAGCUACCAGAAGAGUUCUCGUCAUGAAGUACAAGGCGCUGCUGCGAGACUUCAGUCUGACUGCGGAGAAAGUGAAGUCUUUACAGGGGCAGCUGGACAGUGCGGUUAAGCGAGAGGCCAAGCUCCGGAAUCAGGCCUAUGCACCACAUUUACGUAACCACUUUAUACUACUCAAAGAUGAGCAGGAAAUACUCGGAACCAGUAAUGAUUUUAAAAAAAAAUUCAUCUUAACAAAUGUGACUGGUUGCUUUUUCAAUAAAACAGUACAGUCGAGCGAGCGUAGGCUGCAGGAGGAGUGCGAGCGCGCGUCCGCAGCCGAGGUGCGCUGCCAGCAGCUCGAGGCGCAGCUGGCCGAGAAGAGCGCAGACUGCGACCGGCUGCAGCUGGAGCUGGCCAGCAAGGAGAGCGCCCUCCGCUCCAGCGAGGCCGCCGCCUCCGUCCUGAGCCGCCAGCUGCGGCAGCUGCAGCUGCACCAGCGUUACCCGCACGUCGCCACCAGCCGGACACCUCUCGGCCUGGCGUCGGCGAGGCCGCUAUCCUCCGGAAGCUGCGGCGAUCCCCUUAGGGCUGACACCUUCCGACGCCAACCGCAGCCGGCAACUGUCAGCGACCCCACUUCAUCUUACUUCUCCAAGAGGCUCUGA